UCCGCACGCUGCAAGAAAGAUGUUGAAGUGACCUCCACUCCUGAAGACAUGGCGGCACGUUUGGUCCAGCGCCUCUCCCGUCUGCUGGUGGCAUCGCCCUCCUUCCAGGCCUCCUCUUCCUCCAUCCCAUCAGAAUGUAUCCGAGCCUGCCAGUCCGCGCCGCCCCGUGCCUCGCCCCUGCACGCCUCCGCCCUCUGCAGGCACACGGACAGUCUCCCGGCAUUGAAGCAGAAGGUGAACGGCGGCCAGAGCGAGAAGGAUUUCCAGUCCCUGAUACAGUCCAUGUCCUCGGCGGAGGAGCUGCUGCAGAUCUCCUCCGAGUACAGUAGGAGCGGGAACAGGGCGGCGGCCAUCGUUAGUCAGAUCGCCAAAGUGACGGAGACGAAUAAGGCGGAGGUGGUGAACGACAGGAGGUUCGCGGAGCUCCUGAGCGCGGUGAACAGACAGAUCCAGACGAUAUGGAACGCGCGGCUCGUCGGUUUGCUCAGAAGUCUGUACGUGCUCCACGUAGAUGGGAAGAACCAUUUCCUGCGGUCGGUGGAGACGGAAGUUCGAUGGCGGCUCAGGAAGUUUAGCAUGGAGUUGCAGGGCCGACUGGCGCGGGUUAUCGUUCCCUACGCCCAGACUGAGGAGCAGAAAGAGCUGGUUCUGGAUCUGGCCAAGAGCGUGGAGCUGCGGUGGACGGAGGUGAAGGACACGAAGACUCUGGUGAAUGUCAUUUACAGCCUCAGCCAAGUAUCCAAGACGCUGCUGGAAAGAAUGGAGGAUAAGGUGCUUGAAUAUGCAGAACUCCUCACCCCCCUGGAGUCUCGGACCAUCACCAUGGCCCUGGCAGCCCAGAACUGCCGCUCGCUGCCCAUACUGAGGGCGCUGUCCUUCCACCUGGUACAGCGGAACAAAGAACUGUGCCCGUUGGUCAUCGUGGAUCUGGCGUACGCUUACGCAAAGCUGAACUUCAGCCAACACCAAGUCCUACAGAAGAUGGCGUCCGAUCUCCUGCCCAAGGUGCCAGAGCUGAGCAGUAAGGAGAUGACCGGCUGCAUCCGCUCCUUCUCCACCCUCAGAUUCUUCAACCUUCCUCUCUGCGAGGCCAUCGCCCAGGCCUGUCUGGAGCGCAGCAGCUCGUUCACUCCCACCCAGCUCUCCAGUGUCAUCCUGUCUUUUGCUCACCUGAAUUUUUUGCCAAGCCAGCAGGAGGAAUUUUUCAGUAUGGUGGUGCAGCGUCUGAGCGCGGAGCUGGGUUCCUUGAGCCCCUCUAUGCUGGUGGACUUGGUGUGGUCAUUGUGUGUCCUGCAGCUUGUGACCCCGGCGUUCCUACAGAAGGCACUGGAUCCUCAGAUCUACAAGCUGUUCAUGGGUGACGUCUCCAAAAAAUCUUCUAACUACCGCCUGAAGCUAACGCAGAUAAAUGCCACAGCGCAGCUGGAGUGUCCGGAGUAUCGGGGUCCCCUGCUCCCCCUCAGCCUGCCCAGUGCAGAUGGAGGCGGCAGUCUGUCUCCUCUGCAGAACGACAUAAGGAAUGUGCUGCGGGACGUCUUCCCUGACAACGACACUUGUAGCUUCAAUAUAAAGACUGUAUACGGCCAUCGCAUAGAUGCCGAAUUUGUUUUAGACUCUGAAAAUAAUCCCUUAGCUUUAAGAAAUUUCGAGGACCCCCAUGUUCUUUACAGCAGCGGAACAGAUGCCUUACCGGAAGGAGCAAGGAGGUUCGCUUUGAAGAGCUGGGAAUUCUCCAACUACUGUUUACGUACUAAGGAGCUGACGGGCUGGUUUGCCCUGUGCCGUAGACACCUGCGGGCCGCCGGCUUCUUGGUGGUGGAGGUGCCUUUUUAUGAGUGGCAGGAACUGAAGUCUGAGUGGCAGAAGUCGGCCUUCCUGAAGAACCAGAUUAAGAAAGUGGUGGCUGAACAGAUGUCCAUGUGAAGAGCGCCGGCGCUGUGAAGACGACGAGACGUGUAUAUAUAUAUGAAUAUAGAGCCCUUCCGUGCUGGACGGACUGCACUAUCGCCCGGCCUCGGAGGGAGGCGACUGUUUUAGGAUAAUAAAUAUUUUAAUGUGAUGGGUUGUGAUAAUGGAUGAACUUGAUGAAACAUAAACCUCUUCUCCAAGA